AUGCCUCUCUCCCCCCUUUCCCCCACCCCAUACUCCUUACCACCGCAGCUGCGCCGGCUGUUGCAAAACGCAGCCCCGCACUUCCGGGUUGGCUCCCAACGCCGCUUCCGGGGGCGUCCCCCGACUCCCCUACGUCACACUUGGAAUCCCCGCCUUGCUGGGAGGAAGAGGUCGCGGUGCGCCUGCGCGGUCCUGGCCAUGCGAGUCUUACUAGGGGGCGGAACGGGAUUUGUGGGCCGAGCCUUAACGCAGCUGCUGAGAAGCCGUGGCCAUGAUGUGACUGCCGUUUCCCGCCAUCCUGGGAAGGAUCGGAUCACCUGGGAUGAGCUUUCCCGUUCGGGGCUGCCUCCCUGUGAAGGUGCAGUCAACCUCGCCGGGGAAAAUGUACUGAAUCCCCUUCGCAGGUGGAGCGAAUCCUUCCGCCAGGACGUGAUUAACAGUCGGGUCGAGACCACAAGGACUAUGGCCAAAGCCAUCGCAGAGGCUGAACAUCCCCCUCGCUCCUGGGUCCUUAUCACCGGCGUAGGCUAUUACCGACCUAACCAUACCACCAAAUACACCGAAGAGAGUCCCGGCGGGGACUUUGACUUCUUCUCUCGCCUGGUGACCCGUUGGGAGGCAGCGGCUCGAGUCCCCAGCAAUGCUACACGCCAGGUGGUGGUGAGAUCUGGUGUUGUAUUAGGUAGAGAGGGGGGAGCCAUUGGCCAGAUGUUGUGGCCCUUCCGCCUUGGCCUGGGGGGCCCCAUCGCGUCCGGCAUCCAGCCUUUCCCCUGGAUCCACGUGGCGGAUUUGGCAGGCAUCAUCGCGCAUGCGCUGGAGCAGGAGGGUGUCAGCGGGAUCCUGAACGGCGUCGCUCCCUCGGCGGUGACCACCAGUAACAGGGAUUUUGCCCGAGCGAUGGGAUCGGCGCUCGGACGCCCGGCCUUCUUGCCUCUGCCUGGCUUUGUGGUCUCCGCUGUCUUCGGUUCGGAGCGGAGCGUCAUGUUGCUAGAAGGGCAAAGGGUGGUGCCCAAACGGACCCUGGAGAGCAAUUACCUUUUUGCCUUCCCCGACUUGCCCUCGGCCCUCCAGGAUAUUCUAACCUGAGGGA